CGCCACCCAGAGCGAGCGGCCCGGGUCGCCGAGGGGGCCCGCUCCCCGCCGGGCGCCGCCGCCCUGGCCGCCAUGUGCUCCCAGCUCUGGUUCCUGACUGACCGGCGCAUCCGCGAGGACUACCCUCAGGUGCAGAUCUUGCGCGCCCUGAGGCAGCGCUGCUCCGAGCAGGACGUGCGCUUCCGGGCGGUGCUCAUGGACCAGAUCGCCGUCACCAUCGUCGGCGGCAACCUCGGCCUGCGGCUGAACCAGAAGGUGCUCACCACUUUCCCAGACGUGGUGCUCGUCCGGGUGCCCACACCCUCAGUGCAGUCGGACAGUGACAUCACCGUCCUACGACACCUGGAGAAGUUGGGCUGCCGCUUAGUCAACCGCCCACAGAGCAUUCUAAACUGCAUCAACAAAUUCUGGACAUUCCAGGAGCUGGCUGGACAUGGGGUCCCCAUGCCGGACACCUUCUCCUAUGGUGGGCACGAAGACUUCUCAAAAAUGAUCGAUGAAGCCGAGCCGCUGGGCUACCCAGUCGUGGUGAAGAGCACGCGCGGACACCGGGGAAAAGCUGUUUUUCUCGCAAGAGAUAAACACCACCUCUCAGAUAUCUGCCAUGUGAUCCGCCACGAUGUGCCCUACCUGUUCCAGAAGUACGUGAAGGAGUCCCACGGAAAGGAUAUCCGGGUGGUGGUAGUAGGUGGCCAGGUGAUAGGCUCUAUGCUUCGCUGCUCCACAGACGGACGGAUGCAGAGCAACUGCUCUCUCGGUGGCGUGGGCGUCAUGUGCCCACUGACAGAACAAGGCAAGCAGCUGGCUAUCCAGGUGUCCAACAUCCUGGGCAUGGACUUCUGUGGCAUCGACCUCCUCAUCAUGGACGAUGGCUCCUUUAUGGUGUGCGAAGCAAACGCCAACGUGGGUUUCCUAGCCUUCGACCAGGCCUGCAACUUAGAUGUGGGCGGGGUCAUUGCAGACUACACCAUGUCCUUGCUGCCCAGCAGGCAGACCGGGAAGAUGGCUGUCCUCCCGGGACUGUCUAGUCCCAGGGAGAAGAAAGAGCCAGACAGCUGUGCUUCAGCUCAGGGAGUCACAGAGAGCGUCUACGCCAUCAACAGCGGGUCUACCUCUAGCGAGAGCGAGCCUGAACUGGGAGAGACCCGGGGGUCCUCAGCAAGCACAGCGGGGGCCCCGGCCCCCAUGCUGCCCGACCCUGGCUACAACAUUAACGCCAGGAUUGCUUCAGAAUUAAAACUUCAGUGAGUUCCUGCUUUUUGGCAGCAUUGAAACCAAAUCCUACUGCUUCCCUAGUAGUUUUGAGCGAAUAAAAUCUGGACUAGUAUGAUUUCAUUUGCACAGAAACUAGAAAUCCCAUCUGGGCACUCAGCAUUCUUUCUAACGAUGAUGGAAGCAAAUGGCCUAGCUUUGUGGUUUUUAUAAACACUAAUAUAAAAACCCUCACGGAGAACAACAUCCCGACUGAUGGAUUUGAUACCGAUGUCUGCUACAAGCAAUUGGAUGUUACGGCUGACUCUGUGCUGUGCUUCUGGCUUUUAGCAGUGGAGCCCAUUAACUCAACGGCUCCUGGAAAUACUGUACAAAAGAGCAACCACCGGACAGAGGCACGUGCAGAAGAGGUGGAAUGUGACUGCAGUUGUGUGCUCUUCAUUAAGUGUGUGUGUGUGUGUGUGUGUGUGUGUGUGUGAGAGAGAGAGAGAGAGAGAGAGAGAGAGAGAGAGAGAUGCUCGGAGUAUACACAGUCCCAGUGCUAUUAGCGAAUCAGUCUCUGCUCCCCAUCAAUCACCAUCUUGACCAUAUUUCUCUGACACUCAGGAUAUGGUGUUUUAAAGGGAGCUUCCUCCUUAGCAUCUUCAAUGAAGCACUUUGUAGAAAGUGAAAUUGAGCGUCCUUUGACUUCACUCGUUGGCAAACAUCCUGCUCUGUAACUGGGGCUUUCUACAGAUUGCUUUGCCACUCCAAAUAUAUAGAUCCUGCUUCAACUAGCGCCAGCCCCAGCAGCCUCUUGCACCUUUGCUGCCUUUGGCCUCAGCUGGAAAUGCACUUCAGUGACCUAGUGGCCACACACUUUCUUCCUUAAGCAUGCACUAGAACACCAUGGACUUCUUUUCAAUAGACUGUUCACUUGACAUUAGAAGCGAGUGGGUUUUUAAUCCUAGAAAGCUACUGGAAGAUAAUCAUUUCCCCCUCUCUUCCACUGAAACUUUACGUAAUUAGCUAUAGGAGAUUUUCUUGUAUGAGUCGGUGUUGUGAGCCUGUUGGGUAGCUAGAGCCAUUGGAAACACUCCAAUCCCCUUGACAUACUAGUCUUACCCAGGUUCCAGAGACCUGUCCUUACCCACUUUUCCACACUGGGGAGACUCAGGUAUCAGGAAUAACUCAUUGCACAUUUGGUGGGGGGGAUGGGGGGUGGGGGGAGUGGAUAAUGUAGACAUGACACCAAGUGCUUUUCAUUUUAACUCUUCCAGCAGUAGAUGAUGAGACUGCCCUUGGGAGAAGUCACGGACAUGGAGUGUUUCAUUUCUGCUUCUGUGAAGUAUGACAAAAAUGAGCAAGGCUACCUUUUUAACCAAAUACACUAGAACAUAUGCACUCAAGAGUCAACAUGGGCUUCCCUGGUGGCACAGUGGUUGAGAGUCCGCCUGCCGAUGCGGGGGACACGGGUUUGUGCCCCGGUCUGGGAAGAUCCCACAUGCCACGGAGCGGCUGGGCCCGUGAGCCAUGGACGCUGAGCCUGCACGUCCGGAGCCUGUGCUCCGCAACGGGAGAGGCUACAGCAGUGAGAGGCCCGCGUACCGCAAAAAAAAAAAAAAAAAAAAAAGAGUCACCAUGAUUGUACUUAUUUCCCUGGGAGACCUUACUCUUGAGCUGUGAUGUUGCAUGUACCAAGAGCACUAAACUUCCUCUUUGGAGUUACCUUUGAAGCCAUGCAAGAAAAGAGGCCUCAUAACCUUAUAGUCAGACCUCGUUUUUUUACACCACCCUUCCCCAGAGUUCAUCCCGAGCUCCAUCACCCAUUUUAUUGAUCAGACUUAUCUUCUAAUGCUCCUUGGCUGUUAAAAAAUAUCAUUCCUCAAAAGAAUAAAUCUACCCUUAAAAGACAAAGACUUAUCAAUGUUAAGGAUGCUUACAAGUGGACAGUUUCCAAGGAAGGUUCUAGAAAUGUUAUGCGUAAGGUCAGCUUCCCUGGACUAAAAAUACAUCUUCCCAACGUGACCAGUUUGAAGGCAACACCACCCAUUCGGGUGUACGAAUUCCUGUACUUAUUCUGCUGUAAAUGUAAAAUGUGUAUAAAGUCAAACUAUUACAUUUUUUCCACAACACAUUUAAAUAGAAAUUGGCUUUGAAAAUACUGUGGCUAAAAUCAGAUCUCACCAAGUAACUGAAACUGAAAAAUGUUUGGCACCAUGCAAUGGAGAUGUUGCACUACACAGUAGUAGUUUAAAUACAGUCAACGUAGGGUGCAUGCCACUGAACUGUAAUUCCAGUCAUGUGUCUGUACAGUUGAAAAACGAUAAUCCUUCACUUUUAUAUAGGUUAAGACAUGUACCUUAUCUUUACCACUCAGGGUGGGUUUAGAAGGAUGGUCCUAGGUCUGUUCUCGUUGGAUUUGGCCAGAUGCUUUCUACGUAAACCUCUGAACCAAGUGAUGACUUUCUGGAAGCUGCAUUCACUCCUUCCCACAGUUUAGUGUAAGCCCAGUCUCUCCACUUUACCUAAAUAGAUGCUAGUGAGCCCCAUGCUGAGCACAGCAGCUAGAGGGUGCUCCCAGACUUGUCAAAGGGGGCCCGUUUUCCAGCCGCCAGUGACAUCUGUCGUCAUUGGCAUCAUUGCUUGGAACCCUGUCUAGAGAGCUGGGGCACAGCUGGAUCAUAGCCUCCCUCCAGGAUUUCCCAUACUGGCUGUGGGCCCUGGGUGCCUCAGCCAGGUGGCUGGGCCACACUCGUCACAGCUGCCCACAGGGCCUGCUGGAAGGAACAUGGGGCACAGAGCCAGAUGCCGGUUCUGGUUCUCCCCUAAAAUAGCUGAUUAACCUUAUACAAUCAAGUUGACUCUGUGCCUCGAUUUUUCCAUUCUCCUGCUCGGGGAGAUGCCUAUUCUAUUUAGCUCUUGGGGCGGGUGUUUUGAGGUUGGAGUUAAUUAAUGAAACUGUACAUUGCGUGGGAGGUGGUAGAAGGACGCCUCCCACAUCUGGUUUUUAGCAGUUUCCUAUCACCCCUCCUCUGGGGGAGUUAAAGAGGCCAAAAGUUCUUGGCAUUAGCACACUAAACAGUGGUAGAGGGCCUGAAAAAGGAUGCAGCUUCUCAGAGGGUUAUGACCUGAAAGACGUAAGGCUCUUAGUGUAUUGAGCCUUCUGGACGGAUCGUUUCUAACCUGAAACUCUUGACUCUCGUGUAUCAACUGACAGUCUUCCUCAUGUAACAUAAAUUGCAGUGUCUGUAUGCAGUCUUCCCAUUGUCUGGUAGUAGCAUCUUGAAACUGGUCAGAACUUCAAUGCCAACAGCUCCGUCACUCAGAAUAUAUAUAACUUUGCACUUGGGAAAAAUGUCUUCAUGCUGUUUGUCUGAUUGCUGAGGGGUAUGGGGUUCCCCCGGAAGGUGGAUUUGGGGCUUUAGGUCUCGAGGAUCUGAUCAACAAUAUACGUGGAUCUUAAGCCAUUAGUGUCACAAUUGCAGACUCAAUUCUCCCAGCUCAGAGGGGAUUCCAUGAAUGUUGGGGAUGGACUAGGAGGAAGGAGAGGAGAGGAAGGUCUGGGGUAGUUUUGUGACAUUUCAGUGGAAGAAAUAAGUUGGGAUCAUCUGGAAUUCUAGUGGGAAGGAGGAAGAAAUGGCUCUUCUGUGGGUUGUUUGAAUGAAAGAAUUGUGAAUAUGUAUUGCUUAUAGAGAUAGGGGUCUUUAAAACUAUUCUGUAUAAAGAAAAUGAGUUGCAUGGGUUCUCAUCCACCUCAGCGGAUGUAAGAGAGACAUACCUCAUCCCCCUUUUUUAAAAUAAUUAAUUAAUUAAUUAAUUAAUUUUUUUAAACCUCAAAGACAAUUUAUUUAUUUUUGGCUGUGUUGGGUCUUCGUUUCUGUGCGAGGGCUUUCUCUAGUUGUGGCAAGCGGGGGCCACUCUUCAUCGCAGUGUGCGGGCCUCUCACGAUCGCGGCCUCUCUUGUUGCGGAGCACAGGCUUCAG